AUGUUUCCCAGCACGUUCACUGUACAGCUGUUUAUAUGUCAGGUUGUGGAGAUCCUGACUCCUCAGAAGAAGCCUUCGUUUCACCUCUGGUUCAAGAUCCUGCUCGGCCUAGUGUUCCUCAUCUUGUGCUUCACUCUGUACAUUGGCUCUCUGACAUGGGGGACCUCUCCACUACAAGGGCAUUACCACAGGGUUAGUGGUUUGACCAAUCUGCUUGAAGCACCUACAGGAACUCUGUACCACAAAGCCUACGCACGCAACUACCACUUCAUUAUGAAUAACCCAGAGGUGUGCAAAACCAAAACACCUUUCCUGAUCCUGAUGGUUCCAGUAGCACCAGGUAACUUAGAAGCCCGUGAUGCCAUCCGGCAGACAUGGGGCAACCUCAACCUGGUUCAGGGGGAAGUGGUGGUAACUCUCUUCAUGCUUGGAGUCUCUAAAGAAGCUGAUGUGCAGCAGCAAAAGAAGCUCCAACAGGAGAACCUUCAGCACCAAGACCUGAUCCAGAGUAACUUCAUCGACAGCUACCUCAAUCUGACUAUCAAAACCAUGGUGAUCAUGGACUGGCUGGCUACCUUCUGCCCUACAGCAGCGUACAGCAUGAAAAUUGACUCAGGCAUGUUCUUGAACAUUGACAAUCUAGUGAUUAUGCUGCAUAUGCCGGGUAUACCCCAGGUGAACUACCUGACAGGGAUGCUUAUGUUGGACAGGCCAGUUGUCCGUUCAUUGGACUCCAAGUGGUAUGUCUCUGAGGAGAUGUACCCAGACCCCUCGUACCCGACCUACACCAUGGGCAUGGGAUACGUCUUCUCCAAUGAUCUUCCAAGGAAAUAUGUUGACAUCUCAAUGUCAAUAAAGCCCUUUAACAUAGAGGACGCCUACAUUGGCGUGUGCAUGAAAAAGCUAGGACUUGAACCCACAUCACCACCAAAUCCCUCCCAGUUCAAGGCCUAUGCCGGGGAAUACAACCGCUGCGAUUUUUCACAGGUCAUCACCUACAUCCUUGGUUCUGCUAAAAAUUUGAUAGAUUACUGGACAGACUUGAAAAAGCCUGGGCCACCUUGUUAG